CUGAUGUUGGGCUAUUUGUUCUUUGCAGGUUCGUUUAAACAUAUUUGCUCUUCUAGACGAGGUUCAGAAAAAUCUCUCGCAGAAGAAACAACUUGGGUCCCCUCCCAGUGAGUCCUCCUCCUCUUAUGAGGAGAGUGGUGGCGAUGAUGCGAGCCCUGUACUUCAUUCUGAAGCUACUGAUGAUGUGAACGUUGCUCCUACUGGUGGCGAGGCUAGGGCCAUAGACGACGGCCCUCUUGAGGAUAAGGCGAAAGCUGUCGCAGAUGAAUUCGAGGCUGGGGAUGCUGCCACAGGGGGAAUUGCCUCUCCCCAAGAUGUUGGUGAGGGUGCCUCUUCGAGCCCCCAUCCGAGGAAGUCUUCCCCCAAUGAGGAGGAAGUUGUGGUCGGGGAGAGCACUGGGGCCGUGGAUAUGGAUGUCGACGUCUCCGAUGCCAUUCCCCAGAACUAUACUGAGCCUGCUACCAUACCCCUCUCCUCCCAACCAAAUGUGGUGAUUGUGGAGAGUGAGAGUGAAGGUGAGGAACUGCGGCACGAGCAGGCCCAUCUGUCCCCUGGAGGCGGUGGGGCCAUUCCAACGGCAGAUCUGCAUGUGAAGGAGGGCGGUGAGGACGGUCCUUCUAGUCACCAAGACGCUGAUCGCCCCAUUUUUCCCAGUUGCCGCUCAUAUCCUUAUCCGAAUAACCAGUGGUUCAAGUACCGCAUGGAUCGGGACCACAGCUUCGUCGGUGGAACUGUGCAUAGCAUGGAUUUUCUCUCGCAGAUCCAGCCUUAUGUGGAUGAUUACAUUCUGAGCCGGAUGACCACCCGGGAAAUUGCCCAGGAUGCUGCUAACUCCUGUCUUAAGUCUGCCUUCAUCUGCCAUGAGCUUGGUCGUAGGGCUGAUGAUGCGGAGCACCGGGCUCGCCAGGCCGGAAGAAGAGAGGCUGGUAUUCUCUACACCAGGUCCUUUGUUGAGCAAGCUCUUAAGAUCUCUGAGAGGCGUGCCGAUGAGUUGGAGGCCACUGCUGACCGGUUCCUAAAACAGACUGCGCAGUUUAGUGAGAUGCUUGAUGAAUUUACCGCGAGGGCUCUGGGUGCCGAGCAGCAGGUGUUCGAACUCGAGGCUGAGCUGGCAGAGAGUAAGCGCCAAUUUGAGAACCUCAAGGGGACAGCGGAUGCGGCUGUGAAAUCCCUGGUUGAAGCCGAGGAGAAUGCCAUGGCCUCAGAAAUCAAAGCCCAGAAGGCUGAGCACAUGGCUCUUGGUGCUGAAGAAGAGCUUAGGGUUUACCAAGCCAUUCACAAGGAGAUGACCGAUAUCGCCGAGAGCACCGUUGCUGAAAAUAAGGCUCUUGAGAGAUCUGUGAUCGAGAUGACCGGCCACGCCAACCGCUUAGCUCGAGAGAAUGAGCAGUUGCAAGAGAAUGCCGUUGGCUGGCAACGGCGCUAUGAUGAGCUGGAGGCCGCCCUUAGAGAGUCCCUGGUGCUGGACGGGCUUAAGGGGAUCAAGUUCAUGUAGCUGGAAAUGGGGGUCCAGGCUCUGAAAGAUUCUGCCGCCACUUUUGCCUCAGAACACAGCCAGAUCCUAGAAGGGAACAUGACCGCACAUGCUGCCGAGCUCGCAAAAGCAAAAGCUUCCGGAGCUGAUGAGUUCAAGGCUUCGUGUUCGGGUGAUUCUCCCCCUCCUGACUCUGUUGCUUGGUUGCACGGUGUGAUGAGCCAACACGUGAAUAGUUGGUUGGCGACCGCAGAAGGCCUGGAAUUCCUGGGAAAACAGUUGACACCAUCCCUGGAGUAUGGGAAGUAUUUGAUGCAGAAAGGUAUUGAUGAUCAGCUCCG